AUGAUUAUCUGUGUUAAGGUGCAGCGUUAUGGCAAAACAUUCAAGUGGGAGAAGCGUCUCCAGCAGGCAGAAGAGCGGAGGCUGGCUAUAAAGAAGCUUCCUGAGCAGACUAUUUUGUCAGAGGUUCGCCGUAUGGUUGAGGGGAUGCAGAAUUUGAAUAAGCAGCUAGAAGAGACUGAGGCUGCUAUUGAGGAUUACUUUAAGCCGCUCGACCAAGAGGCUCAGAGGUUAAUCAAAACACAACUUGAAGGAGAGGAGAAAACAAUGAAGCGGAUGAUGAAAACCAUGCAUGACCAGGCUAUGCUUGAUAUUGCCGAAGAGGAGAGAAAAGUAAAAGCACAAAUAGUCGACACGAAUCAGAAGGACCAAGACCCGAAACCAAAUAACCAACAUCUGGCACCGCCCGCAUGAAGGUUAGACAAGAUUAAUUUGUAAGAAUUGGUGUUAGCUUUAGUAUUACUCCUGUACGAGCAUUAUCAGUUUUGAUUGUUUCAGUUACUGCUUUGGUAUGAAUAUAAGAGAAGUACUUUGUACUGCAAAUUAACUAGAUCUUGGAUUAUGAACCGACUAUCUAAUAAAGUUAGUCUCUCGUCAUAUGUAAAACAGUUCUCACCCCCAGCCAUUUCUUUGUGGUGGAGAUCAGUAGUGAUGAAUUUAUAUAACAUGCAUAGCACGAUUGUCAUAUACAAGAAGAGCACUGCAUUUCUUGCAUUCUUUGUGGAUGAUUGGCAGAAAAUCCAGAAAUGAUAAUAAUGAAAUAUGAAGGAAACAGCAUCAGGGAAAAUAUUUUGCUGCUGAGACCCCUCGCAUCCGUAUUACAGUCGCAGUUUGCAAUAGUUGAGAACUUGAGAUUGAAUGAGAGUUAUGCUUGGAAAGUUUUGAUGUGCCAAAUAAAUAUCCGUCUCAACCUUAACUCCUAAGCUUUUGGGUGUGGAAGCUUUGUACAUGUUGCAAGUAUAUACUUCUGUACGCCAGGUUUCCAAGUUCAGUUCAAACCCCUCAGAGACCGGGCAUCGUUUUGCCUUCAAAGACCAGCUACUCGUGCUCAUACCAGACUCAACAUGGCAAAGUUGAAUACUUGAAUUCCAUUUCUGUCUUUCCAAGCAUGAAGGCCAAGCACUAAUCACCAAACUUGACCGGAAUAAGGCUGCCUUUUAUAUCAUUGAACUUUGCCCACCUUCACGACUCCGUGAAAACUAUACGUAGAUUAUCCAGUCAUCACAAAAGGCCAACUCAAAAUGCACUUCAUCCUUGGAAAGUUGGAUAAAAUAAUGGCCUCAAAUAGCUAGGUUAAGUAAACAUCUGAUGGGGAGUCUAUUCGUUGGACUUUGUCUUAGUGAAGAGAUGCAUCAUCAUAUUCCGGAUCCAUCUUUAUUGAGUUUUGUUGGAUCUAUCCCAAGUUCCAUGGCUUCGAGCAAAUGGAGUCACUUGCUUUUACUAUGCAAGAUUUUAGGUCGAACAAUAAUUUACAAAGGAGAAAGUUUUUGGUGCAGCAUAUGCAGGGUUCAUUUGGCAUUGAAUAAAAACAACGGCAAUUCCUAAAUAUAAUUCAUGUAUGUUUUUAAUUUUAAUUAAGAUGUUGUCCAUUAUAUGUGUCACAACAGACAACAGAUGUACUUGAGAUUUUUCCAUUACUUGGGCAGCAAAGCUAGUUUUUUUUUUGGCGAGAUAACUUGAGCAAGAAGCCUAGAAGCUAAUGAACAUAGACGUGUGGAUUUAACUUUGGAGUUGGAAUAUUUCAGUGGAUUUAGCAACAAGUCGUGGCCAUUGGGAUGGUUUGUCAUGUCAAUUAAAAUGGCCUAAAAUAGACCUUAUGAUUCGAUAUGUUCAUAUACUUAGUGUUCCUCAUGGGGCAUGUAGCUAUUAAAUGAGAUAUGUCACCCAGACAUCUGAUGAAGGACAAAUGCCAAGUUAGAGCCCUUUUGU